AUGAAAUCUUCCAUUGCUAUGCUCUUCGUGAUUCUGGGAUGCUCUCUCUUGAGCACCUUUGCUCAAAAUUUAGAUGAGUAUCGUUCUGAUGUGUUGCCCAAGUACAGCAGUCGGACACCUUUCCGUCAUCACCUCAAUGAGUACGAAGAGAGACCAACCCACUCUGAUUAUGAUGUCGGAGAGGAGGAGGAUGAUAACCAAGAGGAGAUGGAUUUUCAUCAACGUCCAACCGGCUACCCGGAGCCAGAAAUCGAUUCUUCCAGACCGGUUGGACGUGGAUCCGAGCAUUCUGGGGAUAGCAACAUGCCUCACAAUGGUAAAGCUAAGAUUGUGGGAGUUGACAUGCACAUGGUGGCCGGAAUUUAUCCAGAAAGUGAACGACGAAUGGCUGAUGACAGUUCUAAAGAAUCUGAUGACCAUUCUGCUCCUACUCGUCGUCCACAUCCGCGUUCACGUGAAAGCGAUGGAGAAGAAGAGGAUUUCAAUCCUAGUGGAAGACGUCAUUUCCAUUCCUAUCCCAAUCAACGUUUAGAAAAACCUACUUUUGAGUUAGGAAAUCCCUAUCCCAAAAGAGGAAGAAAAUCGAAUGCAGAGGAAGAAGAUUCUGAGGAUGAGGAAAGAGAAUAUGUUCCGGUAGAACGUCAUCAUCGUCCAUAUCCCUACAUGAAGAGAAACCGUCAAGAGCAUAUACCCCGAAUUCCAAAAGAGUUCCGUGUCCCUUUCCUGAACGAGCGUUACCCGGAAGAGAGUCGACAACACAAAAGAAGACAACCAUGGGGUUAUCGAGAGUAUCGACCAUUUCAAGAGGAUAGCAAUGAAUCCUACGAGAGAGAUGAAGAGGAGCAAUUACCCAAACAAGUCAAACCUCGCUUUCAAGGAAAAAGCCAUAGGAAUGAACGUGAAGACUACCAUCCCCGUCAUAGAUUUUUCCCUCCACCAAGAUUCGAACCAUUCGAUUUCGAAAACUUCAAUGACGAAUCCGAUUUUGAGAAGAAAUCUCCAAAAAAAGAAAAGGAAUCUACAAAGGUUUCUGCUUCCCAUGACUUCGAUGAGCUUCCCAAAUCUGGAUUUCAAAAUAUCAAGCCACAACGAUUCGAGUCCGAUACACGACGCAGAAAUGAUGGAGCCAAUACGAAAAAUCGAAAGGAGGAUAUCUCAUCUGCAAAAAAUUUGGGGCCAAAGGAUGGUUAUUCAAACUAUGGCCAACGUUUGGGGAAUGGAAAUAUAUCUGCCAAUGCGGAAGAAAAGUCUGAGGAAGAGCUCAAAUACGAUGAUCCACAACCCAUGGAAUCAACAACAAACUCAACCAAACUCGUAUUGCCAACGGCUGAGCCCCUUCAAUCCAACUCAACAGUUUCAAACGAGAAAAUCAAAGUCAUGUAG